CCUGUUGAUAAAAACGACGGACGGAAGGACGCUAACAUGCGCCAUUGAAAACAAACGUAGCAGCUACGGUGGCUAUCGCUCUCUGCUAACUCGGAGCUCUGAUACAGCCUCGAAUAGAUACACGGUGUAUUUGUGAACCAUGGAGACGAUUUUAGAACAACAGCGUCGCUACCACGAAGAAAAAGAGCGGCUGAUGGACGCAAAGACUAAAGAAAUGUUGCACAAAAAGUCCACGCUGAGGGAACAAAUUAAUUCCGAUCAUCGCAUAAGAGCCAUGUUGGAUAGGUACAUGGAAGUGAGCGCAAACCUGAGAGACUCCUAUGAAGACAAAGAUGGGAUGAGAAGGGAUGAGCUUGCUGCCAUCUCGGGACCAAAUGAGUUUGCUGAGUUCUACAACAGACUGAAACACAUUAAGGAGUUUCACCGAAAGCACCCUAAUGAGAUUUCCAUUCCCAUGUCAGCAGAGUUUGAAGAGCUGAUGAAGGCCAGGGACAACCCCAGCGAGGAGGCUCAGAACAUGGUGGAUUUCACUGAUGAAGAGGGAUACGGCCGCUAUCUGGAUCUCCAUGACUGCUACCUGAAGUACAUCAAUCUAAAGGGAGCUGAGAAACUGGACUACAUCACUUACCUGUCUUCAUUUGACCAACUUUUUGACAUCUCCAAGGACAGGAAAAACGCUGAAUAUAAAAAGUACCUGGAGAUGCUACUGGAGUACCUGCAGGACUACACCGACAGGGUCAAACCUCUGCUGGACCAGAACGAGCUCUAUGGGAAAGUGCUGUCAGACUUUGAGAAGAAAUGGGAGAACGGGACCUUUCCAGGCUGGCCUAAAGAGGCGAGCAGUGCUCUGACACAUGCUGGAGCUCAUCUGGACCUCUCUGCGUUUUCCUCUUGGGAGGAGCUGGCCUCUUUAGGUCUGGACAGAUUGAAGUCUGCUCUAAUGGCUUUGGGGCUGAAGUGUGGAGGGACUCUGGAGGAGAGAGCUCAGAGAUUGUUCAGCACCAAAGGCAAAUCCCUGGAAUCACUUGACCCAUCUCUGUUUGCCAAGAAUCCCAAAACCAAAGGUCCUAAAAAAGACACAGAGAGGAACAGAGAAAUCGCCUUCCUAGAAGCUCAUGUCUAUGAGUACGUGGAGAUCCUGGGGGAGCAGAGGCAGCUCACUCAUGAGAACGUCCAGAGGAAGCAGGCAAGAACAGGGGAGGAGCGCGAAGAGGAGGAGGAAGAGCAGCUCAGUGAGAGCGAGAGUGAAGAUGAAGACAAUGAGAUCAUUUACAACCCCAAGAACCUGCCGCUGGGUUGGGAUGGGAAGCCCAUUCCUUACUGGCUCUACAAACUCCACGGCCUGAACAUCAACUACAACUGUGAGAUCUGUGGAAACUACACCUACAGGGGACCCAAGGCCUUCCAGAGGCACUUUGCAGAGUGGCGGCAUGCCCAUGGUAUGCGUUGUCUCGGAAUCCCCAACACAGCUCAUUUUGCCAACGUCACACAGAUAGAGGACGCUGUCUCUUUGUGGGCAAAGUUAAAGUCCCAGAAGGCGUCAGAGCGGUGGCAGCCAGACACAGAGGAGGAGUACGAGGACUCUAUUGGUAAUGUGGUCAACAAGAAGACAUAUGAAGAUCUGAAGAGACAGGGUCUGUUGUAGAUGGACAACAUGCCAGAACAGACAAAUCCUUCUGUGGAGCUUCUUUUUCUCUUUUAUCUCCUAUUUACUCGUGUUUUUUUAGACGUAAUUAGUAAUGUUGUUUAACGGGCCCCUCCUUCACCUUUUUUCUUUAGUUUGUAACCCGACAACCUUUUAAUGGUUCAAAUAAACAGAGGACUUUA